ACACAUGUGCUGCUUCCUUUUCCAGUGGUAACUGGUCAAGAACCAGACAAGAAGCAUCUGAACAAGAGCUGCUUUCUCCUGGAUUCUGCCCAGCUCUUCCAGCUGUUCUGCUCCAUCCAUCUUUGGUCUGUGUCUAGGAAAGCGAGACUGUCAGUACAAAUAAAAGGGGGGGAGCAUUUCUGAAUGCAUAAAGGAUGACUUCCCAUAACAGUACAACAUCUCCUCCGCCUGCAAAUAUUGGGAGCUCUCCAGCAGCAGCUGAUAUUGCAGUCAUUGGAGGUGUCAUUGCUGCUGUGGCUUUUGUCUUGAUUUGUCUCUUGGUAGUGAUGCUGCGAUACAUGUACCGGCACAAGGGCACCUACCACACCAAUGAAGCAAAGGGAACAGAGUUUGCUGAAAGCGCAGAUGCUGCUUUGAAAAAUGACCCUACUCUUCAAGAAGCCAUGGAUGAGAGCCGGAAAGAAUAUUUCAUCUGAGAGUAAAGGCAGCCCCGCUGAGACACACUUAGUAAGUUUCUCUUUCUCAAGGGAAUCGAUCAGAGACACUACAUCAAAAAGCACCGGGAUAUGAAGAUUGCACAGAGGAGAACAAGGGGACUAAUUGAAAUAUUGCUGUUUGCCCCCAAGAAGAACUGAAUGCGAGAUCCAUGGCUGUUUAUUUGAUUUGAUUAGCAGCAUAGCUCAAUUCAAUAUCAGAUCAGGAGAAACAAAAAAUCUCAGGAUGAGUGAUUAACUGAUAGCAGAUAACAACAUUAAAUGUCAAACCUUGACAUUUGGAAAAAAUAGCAGGUGCCAAUGAAAAACAUUCUCAUAAAUUUGCUGAUCCAUACUGCGCUGAUACCAUACCUGAAAAGGAAAUUUAAUUGACAACAAAACAAGUGUUGUGAUGCAUAAAAACAGGAUCCUGGCAGAAAAACUACAUUGUAAUCCACGUGUCAUUUUCCUAAACGUGUAUAAGCUUGUCAGUGUGAAAAAAUAUAUAUAGAAGAAGCCCCUCCACAAGAAAACAAAACAACACAGCGUCCAGAACACAAAAAUGCUGGCAAUUUUUAAAAAAGGAUUAGGUUUCUGAAUAUAUGUUGUGAUGAUGUCAGAUUGCUCUCUGCUGGGAGGCUAGAUUGAUUUGCUUAGGACUUGUCUUGAAGCAUUUUUAUUACAUCCUAUUAGCAGCUGUCCCGGACUGUAGACCGCCUUCUAGAACUCUUCUUCAAUUAUAUUACUGUGUUUUUGUAUAUUGCUCAACUUGUUUAACUCUCAGGAUGCUUUUCCAUCCACAGCAUUCAUUGAAGUGGUGCUUCUAGAGUCCAGAAUGAUCAGUACAAAGGAGAGCUAUUGAGAUGAUCACAAAUCCAUAGUGUCAUUUGUCCUGUUGCCCAUACCAUUCCACCCUCUAUAACUGAAAGAAGAGUGAAGUUCAAGUGCAGUGUGGACUCAGCCUUAAAUCUAAUCUAAUCAAAACCAGCCUGCCCAGGCUAUGAAAAUGUGUAGACUAGACUGUCUUGAUGGCUGAGUCAGCACUGAAUCUACAACUCAGGCCUGCCUGACUUCUCUGACCCAGAAAGUCAAAUGUAAGCUACCACCCAUGCAUUGUGGCCUGCCAUAUGAGUUACCUGUCCCUCCACAGGCAGGCACACAAAAAAGGAGUUUAUCCAGUGCUUGUUGAGCCAUUAUGGGUGGUAACAGAUUAAGUAGAAUUGUAUUGCUCCAUUAGAUAGAAGCCAUUACUAUGUAAUUUCAAUUUGCAGUCAUCUCUUCAUGUCAUAGCAGUCAACAGUGAGUUAGGCUUUUUAAAUUAAUUUAAAAUUUUCAAAUAGUCUUUAAAAUACCACAAGACAUAGUAGAACAAUAAUGCAAAAACAUAAUAAAACCAACAGGAGUCCGCCAAAGUAUCAGAAAUUAUUGGCAUCAUUCAACUAAAAAUAGUGAACAAUUAUAAGACAGCCAGAAAAGCCCUAUCUGUGCCAGUUAUCUGAAAGUCAGUAGGAAAAGAUCCUGACCCUUCUGCUUCCUUUUACUGACAGAAACCAAACCUUGAAGACUGGCAAUACUCUGUGGUUGCCUAUCAAUGGCCACUGAGGGCAUUUGUUUCUUAAAGAUACAGGCACUGCUUUAUUAUUGGUGGGGAGGGGUUUAACCCUCUUUUUUUUUUAAGAUUUAAGAUUUUUCUGCAAACCUAGGGUAUUUUUCUGGGUUGAAGAGAGAACUUUCUUUUCUGUUCAUGGCUCCAGUCUCUGGAUUUAAAUAUCCACAGAUUUGACCACAUGGAGAAUUAUGAUCUAAUUAUUGCCAGUUUUAACAAAGAAACUGAAGAGCUCCUCCACCUCACCUUCAGUGGCACAGGAGAAGAAAUGGCAGCUGUGAGAGAACCAGGCAAGGAAAAUGGCACCAAAAUGGCUGGCACCUUUUGAAGCAUAGCAUGGGAGGCAAAUGUGCAUCAGUUGCAUUCCAGCAGGAAACAUCAGAUCAAAGGUUUGAGAAAACAUUUUAAAACUCUGGGAAACCAUAGCAGUACAACAAAACUGUGUGGAAACUCAGAAAUAAUCUGAUGCAGUUGAGACCCCAAACCUGAGGGGAAAAAAACAUUUGGAAAUCAACAGUUUCAACCAUAAUGUGCAGAGUUUCUACACAGAAGAAACAUUAAUGCAUAAACAGGCCUUCUGUGUUUCAACCGGUUCAGAAAAGGAGGUGAGAAAAUCAAUGAGGCAGUAAAACCACCUAGAGGUGACUAAGAACAGCAAUAGAUCAAAUCCUGGGCUAUCUUUGAAAAGUGAGUUUGAGUUUAAGGGAUAUAAACAUUUAAAAUAAAAUUUUAAAGUAGAAAAGAACACAGUGAACAGCAGAACUCUUGGUAGGGAUAUUUAUACUAUUUGUUCAUAGGAACACUCAUCGCUCACAGUUUUGUUUCAGGUAGGUAGCCAUGUUGGUCUGCAGUAGAACACAGGAUGUGAGUCCAUUGGCACUUUAGGAACUUACAAGAUUUACAAGUACAGAACAAUGGAACCUCUGGUGCUGAAUAGAGACGUGGAAUUCUUAUCUCACUACAGAUGCUAAUUGAUUCUCUAAUCAAGCUGCAUUGUACUUUUAUAUCCUGACUCCCUUCUUUGAUUCACCCAACCCACCACCUGACUUGAGAUAUAAAGGCUCAGGGAUCUCCACUCCUCUCUGUAAUUGAAGAAGGGAGCUUUGACUCUCAAAAGUUUAUACUCCGAAAAUCUUGUUAGUCUCUAAGGUGCAACUGGACUCAAAUCCAGUAACAGUAACCAGGUAACCACCAUUUGGGAAAUCAUGUUUGCCAUGGUACUUGUUGUCACCAGUAUUUAUAUAGUGUCACCUGUUAACAACUCUCGUGUGAAUCAUAAUUCCUUUUGAUCCAGACUUUUCCUUUGUCUUGGUCCCUUCACUCCAACCAUGCCUUUACAAAAAUAAGGUGCAUAAAGGGUAAGAUUUUCAAGCUGCAAUAAUUGUUCUCAGUGAGCCAGCACUCAUUUAUAAAAUAUGAGAAACGGAUUCCAAGUUCAUAUUGUUCAUGCCUCCACAACUGAAACAAGUUGUUGACACUAUGUUAGACAUUUAUUUUAUUUGGAUUUAUUCUUUUCUUCUUGUUGAGGGUAUUGAUCUCACCAAAGAAACAGGCCAAAUGCAGCAGCCCAUUUCUGGCCUUUACUAAUUAUCAUUUUUGACUAUUAAAAUUAUGAUGCAAUAA